CCAAGAAAUGAAUGAACCAAAACCUCAUCAUAACAUCAUGAAACUCACACUCUCACUCUUGUUCCUCUCCCUCUCCCUCUCCCUAGUCCAAGGACUAAACCCUAAAUGUGACAUCCAAGACCAUAGCUCAACCCUCCAAGUGAUCCAUGUAUUCAGUCCAUGUUCUCCAUUUAAGCCAUCAAAACCACUUUCAUUUGAAGAAACCAUCCUCCAAAUGCAAUCAAAAGACCAAACUAGACUUCAAUUUCUUGAUAGUUUAGUAGCUAAGAGAUCCAUUGUACCUAUUGCUUCUGGUAGACAGAUUAUUCAAAGUCCAACUUAUAUUGUUAGGGCUAAAAUUGGUAAUCCACCUCAAACAUUGCUUUUGGCUAUGGAUACUAGUAAUGAUGCUGCUUGGAUUCCUUGUACUGCUUGUGACGGUUGUUCUUCCACUUUGUUUGCUCCUGAAAAAUCAACCACUUUUAAGAAUGUUACAUGUGAUGCUCCUCAAUGCAAACAGGUACCAAACCCUAGUUGUGGUGUGAGUUCAUGCAACUUUAACCUAACCUAUGGAAGUUCCACUAUAUCAUCAAACUUGGUCCAAGACACUGUUACCUUAGCCACUGACCCAAUUCCUGGUUACACCUUUGGUUGUGUCUCAAAAACCACAGGAACUUCUGCUCCACCACAAGGUCUAUUGGGCUUGGGCCGAGGCCCAUUAUCACUUUUAUCUCAAACCCAAAACCUCUAUCAAUCCACAUUCUCUUACUGCUUGCCAAGCUUCAAGUCUCUUAAUUACUCUGGAUCUUUAAGACUUGGGCUUAGUGCUCAGCCCAAGAGGAUCAAAUUUACCCCUCUUCUCAAGAAUCCUAGAAGAUCAUCACUCUAUUAUGUUAAUUUGGAAGCUAUUAGGGUUGGUCGGAAAGUCGUCGACAUUCCUCCGACCGCAUUGGCGUUCAAUCCGUCCACUGGAGCUGGUACCAUCUUUGAUUCCGGUACCGUGUUCACCCGACUAGUUGCACCAGCCUAUGUGGCCGUCCGAGACGAGUUUCGUCGAAGAGUUGGGCCGAACCUAACUGUGACAACCCUAGGAGGGUUUGACACAUGUUACAAUGUACCGAUAGUUGUACCCACAAUAACGUUCAUGUUCACGGGCAUGAACGUGACACUACCAGAAGACAACAUCCUUAUCCAUAGCACGGCCGGAAGCACCACGUGCUUGGCCAUGGCGUCCGCACCCGAUAACGUGAACUCGGUGUUGAACGUCAUAGCCAACAUGCAGCAACAAAAUCAUCGUCUCCUCUUCGACGUCCCCAAUUCUAGGGUUGGAGUUGCUCGUGAGCUAUGUACUUAAUAAAAUGUUCACCACAUAUAAUCUUAUGUCAAUAUGACAUUAGAAGACUUGUUCGGGUAAUGGUAAUAUUUGUACUUUAUUUAUAUUGAUGGAUUUAAUUUUAGCUUAUGGUGAUUUUGAGCUAAGAACUCUAUAUUGUGUGGAUUUAAUUUCUAAAGGUGAGUUAUAUUUGUAGCUUUGUAAUGGUAUAUGUACCUAUAGCUAGCUAUGUCCUUUUUAUUCAUGUUGAUUGAAUUGAUGAGACUUCAAUAAUUAGUUGAUCCUGCAAGCUCACGGGUCAUGCAAUA